AGAAGCUCUGAUAUACAUCAAUGGUAUUCACUUUCACCUGAUUCAGUUUUGGUUUGUCUAAUUUUUAUAUAUUCAUCAUUUCAUCAAUGGAAUCAAUCCUCUAUCAUCUAGCACAAAGGAUAGCGCUAGCUGAAAGGACACCAUACAAUUCAACGACGAUCCUUUGUUUUUUGCAGAAUUUUGAUGAAACCGGUCAAAAUUUCUUGCCACAGUUUCAAGGAAUGUUUUAUUUAUUUAUUUUCUACUUCCUUAUAUUAAUCUAAGGAAAAGUCAAAAAGUAAGAACAUAACAGAACAACUUGUGGAGAGCACAAGCUCAAUCUCAUACAUGGCUUCUCCUUCUUAUCCUUCGAACGACAAAAAGAAGGCGAAUCAAGUUCAAAGGGGUCAGUGGAUAAGAGCUGCUAUACUAGGAGCCAACGACGGGUUGCUUUCAACAACAUCCUUAAUGCUCGGUGUGGGGGCUGCAAGGAACGAUCAUAUGUUCAUGGUCUUAUCUGGAGUAGCUGGAGCCAUUGCUGGUUCAUGCAGCAUGGCUCUUGGUGAGUUUGUUUCAGUUUCGACACAGAGAGAUAUCGAAAACUUAAGUUAUGACCAUUCUUCGAAUCUUUCAAAGACUGAUAAAGAAAACAACACCAUUUAUGAGGAUAAUUUAAAGGACAUGCUUCCCAACCCUUAUAAGGCUGCAGGGGCUUCUGGUUUGGCGUUCAUAUUUGGAUCCAUCAUUCCUUUAGUACCGGCUACUUUUAUUGUUCAAAACAUGGCUAGAAAUGUGGUUGUUGUUGUUGUGGCUUCGAUUGCAUUAGCGUUGUUUGGUGGCAGUGGAGCUUAUUUUGGUGGAUCUAGAGUAAGGAUAUCUGCAAUUAGAGUACUGUUUGGUGGCUGGAUUACUAUGGGUUUGACUUAUGGUUUGCUUAAAUCAUUGAAUAAAUUCCAAAAUCAUCGUGAUUCUCAGUAAAGACUAUGUUUUGAAUGUGUAUAAUUUGAAUUGUUGUGUUGAUAAAGUUGUAAUUUUGAAAUGGAGACAUGGAAUUGAUGUUUAAACAAUCAUUUACAUCCAAUUUCAUUGAAAUUAUAAGUCUGAUUUCUAACUCUGUCUUAUUU